AUGGCUUCACUGGAAUUUGGCCUUGUCAAUGCAGCCAACAGAUACUUGACUGCGGAACCUUUUCGUUUUCAGGUGACAGCCACAGGCUUGCAGCUGAAGCCGCGCCAGGUGUGGACACUGCAAUUUAUGGCUCCACAGGGAGCUGGAGCAGCUGGCCCAGGAGAAGGGGCUGGCCAGAAACUUCGCCUGCUCAGUGCCCUGAAGCGCUACUUGGCAGCUGACUCAAAUGGCAAAGUCACAUGUGAUCAGGAUCAACCAGGGCCUCAGACUGUCUUCCUGAUGCAGCAGUAUCCAGAUGGCAAGGUGUCUCUGCAGAAUGAACAGUCUAAGCGUUACUUGGGUGGGGCAGAGGAAAAUGUCACCUGCUUUGCUCAGGCUGCCACUGAAACUGAAAAAUGGACUCUACACCUGGCAGUGCACCCCAAUGUUGCCAUGUACAACCCCAACAGGAAGCGCUAUGUACGUUGUGAUGAGAAAGCUGGGGCACUGCGUUGUGACCGUGACAUGCCCUGGGGUGCUGAAUCAGUCAUCACUGUCUACUAUGAUUUCAAAGGUCUUCAGUCGGAGACAAACAAUGCUGAAAGAAGGAAAUUUUUCUGCCCCAUACCAGUGAAGAAGUAUGGAUUGAGCACUGGCACUGGCAAACUGUUGUCUCCUGAUGGCUCACUGGUGGUAGAAGUCACCCCACAAACUCUGUAUUCCCUCGAAGUGAACAAUGGGUUGGUGGCCCUGCGGGAUGAAGAAGGAAAAUACUUGACUGCACGUGAAGGUAUCAUGAAAACUGCCAAGAUGGACAAACCUGGACGAGAUGAGCUCUUCAGUAUAGAAGCCAGCCCUGCCCAGGUCUCAAUGCGGUCUUCUUCUACUAACAAGUUCAUCUGCUGCAGGCCAGGUGCUGACAUCUAUGCUAAUGCCAUGGCUGUAGGGAACACAGAGAUUUUCCAACUACUGUUUGAUGAUGACACAAAGAGAGUUUGCUUCCGUGGCUACUGUGGCACAUAUAUGUCCUUGGGUCCCAAUGACUGCAUUAUCAGCAGCAAACAAAAAGAUAGGAAUGUCUGGUUUGAACUCCAGUAUCAGGACCAGAAGGUCGUGCUGCGUAUAUGUGACAAAUACGUGUCCAUGCGGCCCAAUGGACAGCUUAUGGCAAUUCCCAAAGCUGCAGGCAAGAGUGAAGAAUUCCUGAUGGUGCUGGUAAACCGACCACUACUGGUGCUACACACUGAUGCUGGGUAUGUGGGCCUGUGUCCUGGCAUGAAGCGCCUUGAAGCAAACUGUGUCAGCUUUGUUGCCAGCAACCUGUCACUCACAGAGGAAGGCUACUACAAUUUCCAAAUUGGCAGCCAGUACUGGGUCCUGGAUAAAGAUGGACAAGUUAUGGUAACCAGUGACCAGCCAAGCAAUUUCACCAUCCAGUUUGCAUCUUCCACUUGUGUUAUCAUCAAAGCACCUAAUAACAAGUUUUUUGUGGCUGAUCUGGGAGGUCGAUUAUGGGCUGGGGCUUCAGAUGCAGCUAGUGCAACAUUGUUCCAUUACUGA